AUGCCUGAACUUAUGGCUCCCACACUGCCAUCCGAUGUAACAUCGGGAGCUACGACUACGUACACGUUGAAGUUGCAGGAAACAGCGAUGAAUCUUACCUCAAACUGUCGGUUUUCCUGUUCGAGACCUAAGGUUUCACCUAAGCGUAUCCGAGUUGAAGAAUUCAGUAAAUUUCAUUCGUCCGAUCUAGAUCUUCGCCUGACUCCAAGAUCCGCAGGCAAUCGGCUCUCCGAUAAAAGACGACCCGGGACUCCGUCGUUUAACUCGGAGGAAUCUGUUACGACGACGUGUUUUGAAAGUGGGUUUGCAGUCCAAACCGGAGAAGCGGAUAAAAAGCUACUAAACUUGUUUGUCUGA